AGUAAACUAAAAUAACAAACCGGCACCAUGCUGAAAGUGUUUCAAUCCACCUCCGCGCUUGGCCAGCAGCUAAAAGGGCUCGUAACGGUGCGACAUUACGGCAAACCUAACAAAAAGUUUCUCUACAAGGACGGUAUCCUGAAGGACCAAAUUUAUUACUACCCCAGGGACAACAACCGAGAAAUACCACAGCUGGAGGGUGAACCAUCUAAAUUGUUUAGCGUUCGACGAUUGAAACCGAUCAAAGGACUGCCAUACUGGGAAAAACGUAUUCUGCGGGGAUUAGGAUUGUACGAGAAAAACGCGGUGGCGGUAGUGAAAAAUAUUCCAGAGAACAAUGCACGCCUGUGGAAGGUGAAGCAUUUGGUGGAAAUCCUUCCCAUCACGUACAAGUACGAUGAACCGACAUGGGCCGACAUCGAGAGCACCUUUCUCAAAGAGGACGGCGAGUGUGUGGUUAUUCGCAAACUGCAGACUAUAGAGGACGCAAACAGCAAGCUCACUGCCGCGGAAGAGAUCCGAAACGCUGAGAACCGCAUGGUCGGGGAAACGUUACGGAAGGACUCUCGCCUGCGGUGGCUUAAUCCUUGGUAAGGAGUGCCACCCUGCCACAGUCC